AUGGAACUGAAAAACCAAACAGCACUUUCAGAAUUCCAUCUGCUCGGCCUGACAGACAAUCACAAACUUCUGCCCCUCAUCUUCACCAUGUUCCUCUUCAUGUAUCUGAUCACAGUUCUGGGAAACCUGCUUAUCAUCACGGCCAUCAGCUCUGGCUCCCAACUGCACACUCCCAUGUACCUCUUCCUCUCGAUUCUGUCCAUUAACGACAUUUGUUAUAGUACAGUCACAAUCCCUAAAAUGCUGGUGAACAUUCAAGAGCAGGACAACAGCAUAAGUUACAUAGAAUGUCUCUCUCAAAUAUGCUUUGUUUCAAUUUUUGGUGGAAUGGAGAAUUUUCUACUGGCAGUAAUGGCCUAUGACCGCUAUGUGGCCAUUUGCAAACCCCUAAGGUACACAGUCAUCAUGAACUCCUUUCACUGUGUCCUGAUGGUUCUACUCUCCCUCUUUCUUAGCAUUAUGGAUGCCCUGCUCCACAGUCUGAUGGUCCUGCGUCUUUCCUUUUGCACAGAACUAGAAAUCCCCCACUUUUUCUGUGAGCUUGCACAGAUUAUCAAGCUUGCCUGUUCUGAUACAUUUCUUAAUAAUUUCCUGAUUUUUACUGCAGCUUUUUUCUUUGGGGGUGGUCCUGUCUGUGGAAUUAUUUUUUCAUAUGUUUACAUCGUGUCCUCGGUCUUGAGAAUGCCAACUUCUGCAGGAAAGCACAGAGCCUUUUCCACAUGUGCAUCACAUCUGUCUGUUGUUUCCUUGUUCUAUGGGACAGGAUUUGGUGUGUACAUCAGUUCUGCAGUGACAGAUUCUCUCAGAAACACAGCAAUGGCUUCCAUGAUGUACAGUGUAGUUCCUCCAUUGCUGAACCCAUUUAUCUAUAGUCUACGAAACAGGGAAAUGAAGAAAGCACUGGGGAAACUUGCUGGUAGAAUCACUUAUCUAGUGUGA